CAUCCAUCCAUCCAUCGUCCGUCGCGCCUUCCCUCUCCCCACUGUCUGUCUGUCUGUCUGUCUGUCUGUCUGCCUGUGUCGGUCGCUCUUGCUGUUGCUGUCCCGCACUCCACUUACUCACCCACGCACGCACCCACUCACACCCACUCACACUUGCUGCUUACUCUACACACACUUGCUUGCACUUGCACUGCUACUGCUCUCUCGUCCCGUCCCUGCUGCGAUCCUUCCUGCCCGGCCUGGCAUCGCUCCUUCCCUUACUAAUCCAUUCCCGACUCCCUCUGCAGCCCUCUGCACUCGUCGCUGCUAGCCCAGCGUCCUGCACUCUGCAAGCGGUCCGCGCUCCUCGUCGGCUGCCCCAUCCACUCGUCAUUGCCUCUGACCACCACCCCGGCACUUACCCCCGGAGCCUUGUUCCCACAGCAGCCUGAAUGGAUUUCUGAAGCCAUGGGGGAACCUACCACCAUCCCACCCGAUAUAAUCGAGAGGCAGUCCCUCUGCUUCUCCCGCCCACUCCCCGGCAUGGUCGUGCAACACGGCGUACAGGGCUUCAAAGAGGAACUGUCACGCCUCUUCGACCCCGCUGAGAGCAAUGCCACCGAGCAGCUUGUCCGCCUCAAGGAAUCCCUUCGCCUCGCCGACACUGACAGCUUCUGGAUGCAGCUCACCCGUGGCCUUGCCCAAAUCGCCGAUGCCCAGUAUGCCUUUGUCUCGAAGCGGAUUCUCAUCGACGAUAAGAACGUCGCCGUCGAGCUGCCCCCCAUUGGAGAGCCUGGUGCCUGUCUCAUGGGCGAAGCCUUUUACAUCAACGACGACAACGGCAACGGCCCGGGCCACCUGAGGAACUUCAAGUACCAUGCCUACCAGUGCCCGUGUGCCUACAUGAAGCACGACAAGGUCUUCAUCAUUCCCGAGAAACUCAACGACUUCAUUGUCAACAACCCAAACGACCUUAUCAUCCCUGGGGAGGCCUACCUAGGAAUCCCCCUCUUCGCCCAAGGUAAAUGUUUUGCCCACUUUGGUGUCAUGUGGGGGAAAGAGGGGGCUGAGCGACGCGUACUGAGCUGGGGAUUUCUGGAGAUGAUGAUGCAUAGCCUCGAGGACAUGAUUUUGGAACGCGUGCUCGAAGGCAGCGAGUUUGCCAGCGCUGCACAGCCAGUCGACGCCGAGGUGCCCAAGAUUGUUCCCCACAAGGCUGUCUCGAUUGCCCAGUCACUCAAGCCUUAUGCCAGAAGCCUAUCACAUGAAUUGAGGACGCCCAUGCAGGGUGUUGUUGGCAUGUUGGACGUUAUGAUGGCUAAUGUCAAGGAGGCUUCGGAAUCUUUCCAACUAGACCCCCGCACACGCGAGAUACUCCACACGCUCAAGGAGAACAUUGAAGCAGUCCAAGACAGCUCAAGACGCGCAGUCGAGGCAGCAGACAAUGUGGUUCAUGCUUAUGAUAUGAACAUGGGCGUUCCUGAAACUACUCAAUCCCCGCUAGACAAGUCUCCUGACCAAUGGAACACCUUUUGGCGAGAGGUGCGGCCCGAUCUGAUGAUUCCCGGCAACAGCAUGCAUGCACCCCUGCGUGGAGUAAAGAGGAGGAGACAGGAUGUAUCAUGGGCGGACUAUGCCUCCAAGACGCGAGUCUCCAAGCAGGCUCGUCAGCGUGUCCGCAAUACCUUGUCGGAAGAACCCCUUCCCCGCGGCUCUAAAUCAUGUCCCCCAAACCCAAGUCCCGCAGAAAUCCAGCAGUUGGACCGUGUUUGCUCGCACGGCACUUCGUCGGGCAAGUGCGACUCCACUACUUCUCCCAUCUUCACUUCGGAAUACUCUAUAGUACCUGGAUUGCGGCAUACAAACUUGAGAGAAGUUUUACAGUAUGUCAUCAACGAUGCUCUCAAAGUAGGAGGAAGGCCAGAUUCUGCCAUUGCCGAGGCCACGGAUACCGGAGAGCGUAUCGAAGUGCGGACGCGUAGCUCAAAUGGAGAGGCGCACACCAAAUGGAUCGAGUGGACUGUUUCCCCUGAUGUACCAGAAACGAUAGUCAUUGACGAACGUGAUCUCGCCAAGAUGGUGUCCUGCCUCGCGCUCAACGCCAUCAAGUUUACCCAGGAUGGAUCCAUCACACUUCAAGCCACGCUCAGUGCAAAAGGCCGCUACAUUGUCAUCAACAUCAAGGACACUGGCUCCGGCAUCCCAGCGGCCUUUUUGCCAAAUCUUUUCAAGCCCUUUUCCAGGGAAGACGAUUCCAUGACGAGGCAGAGUGAGGGCCUGGGCCUUGGUUUAAUGGUUGCCAAGGGCAUUGCUAGGAAGCUCGGUGGCGAUCUUUUCUGUCUUCGUUCCCAUGUUGCAGGGCCAGCCAGAGGAUCUGAGUUUGAAAUGCGUGUUCCUCUUAACCCAGGUGAGAUUUGCAGUCGUCCGGCCACACCAUUUGGAUCCCCGACCCCCUCGAUCAAAUCUCGCAUGUCGCUCGAUCCCGAAGUUCCUCGUCUCGAUCUCGGCCGUGGUCCCGUUACUCCUCCAUUAAACUCUGAUUCCUUCAAAAACGACCCUGAGCGCCAAGUACCAGUCACGCCCGUCAUUAUCGUCGAAAACGCAAGCCCACCGACCAAUGUUGGCCUCGUUACUCCUCGUCGCACCUCGUCGCCCCCACGACGCCAUACCGCUCGUGCCUUGUCCUCUGAAAAAGAAGUGACGGCAUCUGAUCUAGGCAAUCAGCUUCCUCUCAACAUUCUCGUGGUAGACGACAACGCCAUUAACAGGCGUGUCCUCGUAAGCAUGCUUGGGAGGCUGGGCUACAAAAACAUCACCACUGCGUUCAAUGGCAACGACGCCGUUGAGACUGUCCGUCGUAACGCGCUUGGACCUGCCUCUGCAAUCUUUGACGUCGUCCUCAUGGACCUGUGGAUGCCGUUGCUGGAUGGCUUCCAAGCUACUGAGGUGAUUUUAUCAAUGAAGGAGCUAACGACCAAGCCCAUAAUCUUGGCCGUCAGCGCAGACAUCACCGAUGCCGCCCUUGACAAAGCAGUCAAGAGCGGGAUGAAGGGAUUCGUCACCAAACCUUUCGUCACUCGCGAUAUCGCCCGGUUGCUUCGGACGUAUUGUACGAUUUAAUAACUUAUCACGUUUUUCUUUUGGCGCGGUCGCUCACACAAAAGGUUCUAUUUGGGAGGACAUGACAUUGUUUAUAUAACGCCCAAAUGGCCACGGUUUAGGACGGCAUGACUGGUUUGGGAAAGGCACAUUUACGAACAUGAUAGCAUCAACAGAAGCCUUUGGGUCGCUUCUUGUACGGCGUUUUGGCGAGAGGAACAUAUUUUUUUCUUUCGGUUUGGGCGGUCUAUAAUACCCUUGAUGAGCUUGCAUGUUAGGAAACGACCUAGGAAAAUAGGUCCAUUGUAGCAUCUAUUACAUAAUACGAACUCUGACAAAAUGAAAGAAAAAAAGUCAUAUGC